AAAAAGUCAUUAAUAUUUUAUGUUUUAAUAAAUAAAGAAUAAAUAAGUUUAGGAAAUUGGAUUUAUAUGCUUUAAGCCCACAGCUUGUAAAGCUACUGGAUUAGGAUAUAGUGGGGGGGGGGGAGGAGCAACUAGAUAUUUUAACGUGACCAUGGUUAAGUCAGAUCAACUAACCAUAGUUAACAAAGUAGUAUAAAUUAGAACCUCUGUGACUGUAUACAGAUAAAAGUGAGUGAGGUUAAAAAAAAGAAAAAGGAAUUAUAAACUGUGGAGAAAAAUGAUGACGAUGAUGAAGAUCAGAGAUCAUUCCCGGUCAAAUCCAACGGUCGGAAUCCAACCUUGGGAUUACCAUUUCGUCGAAGAUCCGACGGCCGAGAUCUACGCUCCGCCGUCGUGCGCCGAUGCUACAUUCGACGUGAAUACUAUGGCGGCGCUGCUGCGUUAUCUGCCGUCGAACAACGACGAUGGAGAUUUCGCCGACGAUUUCGACGUUCCGGUGGACGCGUUCUCGUGCGAUAACUUCAGGAUGUUCGAGUUCAAGGUGAAGAAGUGCGCGCUCGCCAGAUCGCACGACUGGACGGAGUGCCCGUUCGCUCACCCUGGGGAGAAGGCGCGGCGUCGGGAUCCGCGCAGGUACCACUACUCCGGCAGCGCGUGCCCCGACUUCCGCAGGGGCGAGUGCAGGAGGGGGGACGCCUGCGAGUACGCUCACGGCGUGUUCGAGUCGUGGCUACACCCGGCUCGCUACCGCACGCUGCCGUGCAAGGACGGGACCCACUGCCACCGGCGCGUGUGCUUCUUCGCCCACACGCCGGACCAGCUCCGAGUUCUGACCCACUCGGCCACCAGCCCCGAGGCGUCUCCGAGUCGAAUCGGACAUGACUCGCUUUCUGCCAUGCCUAUGUUCGGUUCCUCGCCGAAAUCGACAUUGUUCUCACCUUUGUCCCCGACGACCGGUUCGCCGCCGGUAUCUCCGAACUCGGUUAACCAACUCGCUGAGUCGAUGCGCUAUAUGCAGCUCAACAAGAUGAACAUGGGUCUGGGCCUGAGCGUUAGCCCACCCACUUGGGGGAUCCGUAUCGGAUCUCCACGGAGCCCUCCCACGACCCGACCCGGUUUCACGAACCUCCCCAACACUCCGAUUCGAGCCCGAGUCAGCCCAGGGUUUAGCACUGUCGAUGCAUGGGGAACUUCGUUCGAAGAGGAGCCAUUCAUGGAGAGAGUUGAGUCGGGAAGAGAACUGCGUGAAAGAAUCUACGCGAAACUCGGUAAGGAAAACUCUCUGAACCGAGUUAACUCAGAUGAUGGUCUGUGCCCCGAUUUUGACUGGGUUAAUGAACUCGUGAACUAAAACGGGUCGAGUUACCGCUUUUGGAACGGGUGGGGCACCCUUUUGAUAUAACCCGGACAUUUUUUUCUCCGACUGUGCUUGACUAAAUUGAAGCUGUUUUGUAAAUACGGGUAUUCGGGUCGGGUUACUAGAAUGAGCGGGUAGGGCAAGUGUGGAUUAAUCUCUAUUUUGUUGGCGUUUAUUAUUACUACUAUUUUACAGAACUAAGUAACUUGGCAGCUGUGUAAUUUUGUAAAUGAUAUUAAAUAUGAAUUUUAAGUUUAUAUUUUA